AUGGCUCCUCCUCCGCCCGGCCCAGAUGGUGAAACCCAAAAACAAGUCAAAGCGGAGUCUACGGAAAUGGCUUCCCAACGCAGACCCAUCUCCAAUAUCCUUUUCAUCAUCGCUAUGCAGACUGAAGCUCUCCCAUUGGUAGACAAAUUCCAGCUGAUUGAAGCCCCCAGUUCUGAUUCUGUGUUUCCAGAAGGGGUCCCUUGGGUGCGCUACAGUGGCAAGUAUAAAGAUUUAACUAUAAGUAUUGUCAGUCCCGGAAAAGAUGCAGCUCUGGGGGUUGACAGCGUUGGCACUGUUUCUGCUGCACUUGUCACUUAUGCCUCCAUUCAAGCUUUGAAACCUGACCUUAUCAUAAAUGCCGGCACAUCAGGUGGAUUUAAGGCAAAAGGUGCUUGCAUAGGUGAUGUGUUUGUCGCAUCAGAUGUAGCUUUCCAUGAUCGAAGAAUACCAAUUCCUGUAUUUGAUCUUUAUGGAGUUGGCUUGAAGCAGGCUUGCAACACUCCAAACCUUUUGAAGGAACUCAAUCUCAAAGUUGGCAAGUUGUCUACCGGUGAUUCACUGGAUAUGUCUCCUCAUGAUGAAGCAGCAAUCAUUGCAAAUGAUGCAACAGUUAAAGACAUGGAGGGAGCAGCUGUUGCUUAUGUAGCCGAUCUUUUAAAAGUCCCUGUAAUUUUUGUGAAAGCUGUGACUGAUAUUGUUGAUGGAGACAAACCAACAGCUGAAGAGUUUUUGCAAAAUCUGGCAGCAGUAACUGCAGCACUUGAUCUAGCAGUCACUCAGAUUGUUGAUUACAUAAAUGGGAAGAGCGUUUCAGAACUGUGA